AUGAGCCAGCUUCCUUCUUCGGCCAAGAAAGUACGGAGAUUUCUUCAAAAGCAGUUUCCCUGUAGCAGAGUGCUUGCACAGAGAAUUCUUAAAUCUACCAUACAUGCUACUGUUUCGCUUAUUUUUUGUUUGAUUCCCGAGAUUCGCGACCGCUUGGGAAACCAGCCUGCAAUGCUGCCCUUGAUAGCAGUUAUCGUUCAUCCAGGGCGCAGAGUGAGUGCCACGAUCCAAGGCGCUAUCUACUGCACUACAGGACUUCUGGUGGGUCUUGCUUAUGCUCUUCUUGGUCGGGUUCUCGCGCAAAAAUGUCUGGGCUCCACUUGGCACUCGAUUAGCGAAGCGCAACACUACGCUAAUAGCUUUGUGCGCUACGAAUCGGCUCUGGCGGUUUUGGCCGUUUUCGAGGUAUUCAUGCUUUUUUUUCACGGGUGGAUGAGAUCCGUUUCCCAUCAUUACUUCGGCAUCGUGUUUCCACUGUUUUUGGUGGUCCAUUUCGCAUUCAAUGCUUCGCUUGAUCAGACCGCAGGCACUGUGGCUAAAGCUUUCAGUGUUCCUUUCUACUUGGGAAUCGGAAUGGCACUGUUUUGGAAUUUAGUAUUGUUUCCCGAGUUUGGAAGCACUUAUCUCGGUAACAGCACCGUUGACGCCCUAAACGAGAUUCAUCGAUCGAUCGAUUCAGCUCUGAAUUUCUUUAUUUCUAUUGACAUUAAAGACUCCAGCAAGUCCCUUUAUAAAGAGGAACCGAUCUCGCUGGCAAGGUUGCUUAACAUGAAAAAGUCGAUUGACAGCAAGGUAUCCAGUUGCGACUUAAUUUUGGAGGAGUGUAUCUAUGAGAUCUCAUAUUCGUACGUCUCACCCGCAGACUUAAAACCUGUCAUACAAUCUUUUUCCAAUCUGUUGAAAUAUAUCAAUGCCCUCAUCAAUGCAUGCCAGCUGGAGUUUCUGCUAGUGGGACGCCCCAACUCGGGUGCAGAAAAUGAUACGUUGGACAUAAAGACAGACAGAGAAAUACAGUACGCAGACGCGAAAAAGCUUUUUAGAGUUUUGAGACGCAUGAAGGACCCCAUUUUUACUCUACAUCAAACACUGAGCGAGUCUCUUUUUAUGGUCAAGGCAGCGCUAGCAUAUUCAUACGAUGUGAAGCUUGACAAAGUACAGAGGCCAACACUUUUCUCCAAUAGUGCUGACGAAGACGCGCUACGCAAAGAAACUAUUCAAGAUCUUGAUUUUAGUGCCGUUAUUGAAAAUUUACAGAGUGCAUUUAUCGAGUUUGAUUUGAAAGCCCGGGAAGAGUUGAUCCACUUGGAAUCCAACCUUCUUCAGCCCAAUGAUGAGAUGUUUCUCUUUUCCUCCUUUCUUCUAAACUUCAAAGAGACGACUAAUGCUGUGGCCACUAUGAUGAAGCAGGCACACAUAAUUUAUCAGCGCAGAAAGCUUAAAGAAUCCAAAGGCUCAUUGAGGGGCAAAACUCUGUGGGUGAAUUUUUUGAGCAACUAUGAAAGCUUUAAAACAUGGAUCACAGGAGCUUCGAAGGGAAACAUAACAGAAUCUCAAAGUCUCAAUGGAGGUGCCAUUGCGGACAAUUAUAGACCUCCUGCAGAUAUGGGCAUCAAAAGACCCCUAGGGGAAGAACGAGCUCUACUGUCUCAGCGGAAAACUGACGUCGUUAACUUUGCCAAGAAAGAAGCGCUCUUGCCUGCAACAAAUAGAGUUCAUGGUCCUUCGAACAGCGUAUCGAUCUCUGGACCUGGUACGCUCGCUGAAGGUCCAAAGAAUGUAAUUGUGAGACCCGUUUUUUCAACUGUGUUGAUUUUCUGCCACGAUUUCUAUUCAAAGUAUAGGGAUCAUUUCAGAUUUGGGCUGCAAGUGACAGUUGCUUUAAUGCUCUGCUCAUUUCCGAUGUUUAUUCCGAAGACAAGACACUGGUACGAUAAGAUGCGGGGCACUUGGUUUGGCUUCGUCUGCAUUUUGGCCUUAGAGCCUUCAGUCGGAGGCACGUUUUGGGUUUUUUUCCUCAGAGGAGUCGGUGUUAUUCUUGGUGCUGCAUGGGCUUAUGUCUCAUAUAUUGCAGGCUGCAAUCAGACUAAUCCAUAUCUAGAGGUGGUCGUCACAAUAUUUGGUGCCGUUCCAGGGUUUUACUACUUUUUGGGCACACCUUACGUCAAGGCCGCAAUCAUUCAGAUUAUUAGCAUAUAUGUGGUAAUGCUGGCUGCAAUCAUCCCCUCUGCCAAUCAGGGUUCGAUUUUAUCCAAUUUUGCCAAGAGAUGUUUGGCAGUAGGCUAUGGUGGUGGGAUUGCUGUCUUUGUGCAGGUCACUAUGUUUCCUGUGACUGCAAGGGAGCAGUUGAACGGGGAAGUUUCAUUUGUUGCUGGUUGCAUAUCGGAAAUGCAAAUUCUUCUGGCCGCUGGUCUUGAAGGCGAAUCGCUAAACUCUAGUUUGACUGAAGAGAGAUACCAGCGGUUAGCUAAAAUCUCAUCUAGUGCAAAAGCAGCCCUUGCUAGAGCGUCUUCUUACAAUGGGUUGACGCGUCAAGAGCCUAUACUCAGAGGUGAGUAUACUGAGGUUGAAAAGGUUUUCACGCAAAUGAUAUACAUCGAAAGGCAAAUUAUUGACCGCAUGGACAACAUAAUUCUUUUGAGAAGACAGUACGGUAGCGCUAUCGUGGAGGAGCUGAAUACUAUGGUAUAUGCGUACAGGAGACAAUAUGUGGCCUCUAUUACCAGCUUGAUGGGGGCAGUUCAAGAAGCGGUACGCAAUAAAACACCUCUUCCUCACUUCUUGCCAAGUGCUAGGAUUGCACAUAGAAGACUCGUGAACAAAGUUCAAAGCACGUUGAAAGUAAGAUACGCUUCACAAAUGAGCAGUUUGAAGCCCAGGACCCUGUUUGACCCCUACACGAACAGCGCAGAUAAAGCGGAGGAUGAUGACGCUUUGAGAGUAGAACCAGUCUCGAAGAGAAGGGCGUCACUACCCCCACACGAGUAUAUCAUGAAAGAGAAAUUCUUGAGCUGGAACGCUUCAAGCGCAGCAUCUGAAGAGGUGAUCGAAUACGUGGAGGAACUCGUCCAACUAACAAAAAUAGUUGUUGGCGUAAAUGAGUUUAAAUAUGGAUUUUUAUCCAGACCUCUCUACGCUGACUGGGCUGCUGAAGCCGCUGUUGCUUUUGACAAAUUUAUUGAGCAAUCAGAGCCUGCAAAGGAGAAGACUGCUGGAAGAGCUCCCCGAUCCCCCCGCCAGGCGGAUCACACUUCUUUUACAUCAGUUGAGUCGGCAAAUGAGCUGGAUGACGGCUCAAGUUUUGAGGAGCAUCAACCAGUUGCGGUAGAUGCCGCUUCAUCCUCGGCCAGUGAAGAUUCCGGCCAAGUUUCUUUGGCUCGUAUCGCAUCACGGAAGAGUGAAGUGCCAUCUUUGCCAUCCAAAUUUCGCAAGAGAGCAUUUUCGAUCUCAUACAGAGGUGGCACAGGCGGCCAUCUCCACCCCUUGUCGCAAGCGAAGACCCUAGGUGGCAGCGAAAUGGCGGAAUAUGCCGAGGUAGAGUCUGACUCUGACGAGGAGUUGCCUCUAGCACUGAAGAAGAUGAUUCUGAACAGAAGAACAUGA